AUGAUUCUAAGGUCUGCUUAUAGACAAACAAAACAAGCGAGGUCUUUUGCUACAGAAGCUCUGUCUUCUUACGACGUCUGUGUUAUUGGGGGUGGCCACGCAGGCUCAGAAGCUGCUGCAGCCAGCGCACGGACAGGCGCUAGAACUGUACUCCUCACUCACAAUCCAGACACUAUUGGCGUUAUGUCCUGCAAUCCCAGUUUGGGAGGGAUAGGAAAGGGUACGCUCGUACGUGAAGUAGACGCACUAGAUGGCAUCAUGGGUAAAAUUGGCGACGUCUCUGGUUGCAUGUACAAGAUGCUAAACAGAUCGAAAGGCCCAGCUGUUUAUGGCCCACGUGCUCAAAUAGACCGCGAAUUGUACAAAUCAAACAUUCAGAACACACUCAAGAACACAAAGUGUCUAGAUAUACAGGCCGGAUCAGUACACGACCUUAUCUUUUCUCAUGAAAACCUCACUAAAUCAGGCGCAUGGGGUGAAGUUCGUGGUGUACGCCUCGACAAUGGGCAAGUUAUACCAUGUAAACAAGUCGUUUUGUGCACUGGUACAUUUUUAGACGGUGAAAUACAUAUUGGAAUGAAAUCUAUCAAAGCAGGUCGUAAAGGUGAUCCUGCAAGCCCUCGUGCAGGUCUCUCAGAAUCUCUCAGACAGGCUGGUUUUGCGUUGGGAAGACUCAAAACAGGUACUCCCGCACGACUCAAAAGAGAAACAAUCAAUUUUAGCAACAUGAUUGAACAGGAAGGUGACACAAGCCCAGAACCAUUCAGUUUCCUAAAUAAAUCUGUUCAUCUUGAGAAAGAUCAGAUAAAGUGUUACCAGACACACACCACACCUGUCACUCAUGAUAUUAUCAGGCAGAAUUUACACAAAACAUUCCACAUAAGGGAGACGAUCAAAGGACCACGUUAUUGUCCAUCAAUUGAAGCGAAGAUUAUUAGAUUCCACACAAGAGACUCUCACAACAUUUGGCUUGAGCCGGAGGGAUUCGAUAGUGAUGUAAUUUAUCCAAAUGGCAUAUCAACCACCCUCCCAGAAGAAGACCAAGAAAAAAUGAUACGGUCAAUACCAGGUUUAGAGAAAGCGGAAAUGAUCAUGCCUGGAUAUGGUGUUGAAUAUGAUCACAUUGACGCCCGUGAAUUGAGUGCAACACUUGAAACAAAGCGUAUACCUGGAUUAUAUCUAGCUGGACAGAUAAACGGUACAACAGGCUAUGAAGAAGCUGGUGCACAAGGUAUUUUAGCCGGUCUGAAUGCUGGAUUGGCAGCUCAAAAUAAGUCACCCUUGGUAUUGACACGUGCGGAUGGAUACAUUGGCGUGAUGGUAGAUGAUCUCAUAACUAGAGGUGCUCAAGAACCUUACAGAAUGUUCACCGCAAGAUCGGAAUACAGGUUGACCCUCAGAGCUGACAACGCAGACACAAGGUUAACUCAAAAGGGCUAUGACGUUGGCGCAGUUUCUGAAUCACGUUAUACUGUUUUCGAUUCAAACAAAAGGGAAAUGAACAAGGCUACUGAAAUCUUGGAAAGUUUGAGGAUGUCUCCCGAAAAAUGGAGAGAUAGAGGUAUACUUGUGAAUUUGGACGGCAAGUCAAGAAGCGCAUACGAUAUGCUUACAUUUAAGAAAGUCGGUACGCAAAUUAGACCGACGGUCGAUGAUAUGAUACAACAUUUGCCUGAAUUGGCUAAUAUUGAUCCACGUAUGCGUGAGCGUGUAACUGUCGAAGCUAUGUAUAAGCCUCACCUUAAACGCCAAAAUGCAGACUUAAGAGCAUUCAUGUCGGAGGAGACACUCUCGCUUGAUCCAAAUCUAGAUUAUGAUUCUGUUCCUACAUUAUCAAAUGAAGUACGCGAGAGGUUGAAGAUGGUGCAACCAUUGUCUAUUGGUGCCGCCAAACGUAUAGAAGGGAUAACACCAUCAGCAAUAAUCACAUUAUUAAGACGCACCAAUAGAAACAAUAGACAAUUGUAGAAUUAGUAUACUCG